UUCUGGUUGUAGACGCGGCGGCCUGGCCGGGCGGGUUAAUAACAUGCGGGUGAAAGAUCCAUCCAAAGCUUUAUCUGAGAAAGCCAAAAGGAGUAAAAGACCUACUAUACCUCAUGAUGAAGAUUCUUCAGAUGAUAUUGCUGUAGAAUUAACUUGCCAACAUGUAAGUCAUGCUGUCAGUAUGAAUCAUGUAAAGAGAGCAAUAGCUGAGAAUCUGUGGUCAGUUUGCUCAGAAUGUUUAAAAGAAAGAAGAUUUUGUGAUGGACAGACAGUACUUCCUUCUGAUAUAUGUCUGUGCCUCAAGUGUGGUUUUCAGGGAUGUAGUAUGAACUCAGAAAGCCAGCAUUCUCUGAAGCACUUCAAGAGUUCCAGAACAGAGCCCCAUUGUAUUAUAAUUAGUCUGAGUACUUGGAUUAUAUGGUGUUACGAGUGUGAUGAAAAAUUAUCAACACAUUGUAAUAAGAAGGUUUUGGCUCAGAUAGUUGAUUUUCUCCAGAAACAUGUUUCUAAAACACAAACAAGUGUAUUUUCUAGAUUCAUAAAACUUUGUGAAGAAAAAUGUGAAACAGGUGAAAUAAAGAAGGGAAGAAAAGGCAGCAGUGUACCAUCUGUAAAAGGAAUUAUGAACUUAGGAAAUACUUGCUUUUUUAAUGCAGUUGUGCAGAACUUGGCACAGACUUACAUUCUUACUGAACUGAUGAAUGAGAUCAAAGAAAAUGGUACAAAACUCAAGAUUUUUGCUUCAGACUCUCAGCUGGACCCAUUAGUGGUGGAACUUUCAAGCCCUGGACCACUGACCUCAGCCUUGUUCCUGUUUCUUCACAGCAUGGAGGAGACUGAAAAAGGACCCCUAUCUCCUAAAGUUCUUUUUAAUCAGCUUUGUCAGAAAGCACCUCGAUUUAAAGGUUUCCAACAACAGGACAGUCAGGAGCUUCUUCAUUAUCUGCUGGAUGCAGUGAGGACAGAGGAAACAAAG